AUGACUAGAGUUAUUAAUCCGUUUGAUUUUGUUCAUCCAUUGGCCAUCGUUCCUUACGAGGGCGGUCGAGACUCAGGGAGUCUCUAUUCCGUCGACCAUGGCCACCUUAACGAUGAUCCUUGCCCCAAGGAAGAGAAGGCAUCUGCUACUAAUGUAGGCCUGCAAAAGGCUGCAGAUUCGCGUAAUAAGGACAAGUUUGCUGGAGAUGAAGUUCCAUACACAAGGAGACCAAAGGGUACCACAACUCUUGCUUUCAUUUGCAAAGAAGGUGUUAUGGUGGCUACUGAUCAUUCAGAUGCUAGCAAGGAUGCUUCCGAAACAUUUGUUGAGAACGUUAUUGAUCUCGAUUCUCACGUGCUUGUCACUGUUUCUGGAGUUGGGGAGACUCGAUCUUUUCUCAAGAAUCUGAAAGAUCAGUUUCAAGCCGUCAAGAAGGGGACAAAAUCUGUUUUUGAGGUUUCACAGUGGGUGGCUGGCCAUCUGUCUUCUCAUCCUGAUAAGCAUUUGUCAGCAAAAGUACUAAUUGCAGGGUGGGAUGAUGAAAGCCAGUGUCAUGCCUUGUAUUCCGUGAAUUCUGAGGGGGAAGUGUUUCAAAAACGAAGGGAUGCCACUGGAGCUGUUGUCCUGACUUGUUGGGUUUUUUGGUGUAUCAGUUUUGACAAAAAGUGGUAUGGUUCAGCUGUGGAGCAUGCUAAAUGGAUGAUUCGUUCUACUGCAGGCGCACUUGAACACUUCAGGAGUCUGGGUCAGGUUAAUACUGAGUAUAGUGGUUACGUUAGUGGAUACUACGUCUCAGCUGCCCGAUGGAAGAGGAGCUUUUACAAUUUACAGGUUCCUCCUGGAUAUUUCUACGAAAGCAUUGGAUGGCCUAUAUUUUAA